AUGACCGUAAGUUCUUCCGCUACAAAAUUACUAGAUCGUUUUUCGUCGCUAGACAAAAUUGUUCGAAUUAUUGCAUACUGUUUAAGCGUCAGAAAUGUUAAAGAACCGGAACAACAAACCACAUCAGUUCUGAACGCGGAUGAAAUACAUCACGCCUUGUCUGCUCUCAUAUUUUCUGUACAAAAAUCCGUAGUGGGCGGUUGCCUUCAGAAUGCCGAAUUUCCGUAUAAGCAGAAACAUCCGCUCCUCCUACCGUCACAUAAUCGAUUGACAGAUCUGCUCAUUGACCACCACCAUUGCAAAUUGAAACACCCCGGUCCGUCUGCUCUCCAAACUCACUUACAACGUACGUUUUGGAUCCAGUCAUCCCGGAAAGUAAUCCGUUCACGUUUGAGGCAUUGUCUUGCAUGUUUCCGUACAAGGCCACAAUCCGUUCAACCAAAAAUGGCUGCGCUUACUAAGUACCGCGUCCAACAAAUUAAACCCUUCACCAUCACUGGACCAAUCACUUUAAAGAGUCAUGUAGGACGAAAGUCAAGUUCAAAGUUGGCCUAUAUAUGUAUGUUUGUCUGCACAAAUACGAAAGCGGUUCACUUAGAAUUGAGUUCUGAUUUGUCAACAGAAACAUUCCUAUUGGCUUUAACACGUUUCACAUAUCGUCGCGGUCCAGUGAAUGAAAUCCACAGCGAUAACGGUACGAACUUUGUUGGAGCAUCACGCCUGUUGAACCCAAUACAAACGUUAACUAACUCACAAUCAUUCCAAACUCGCGUACGUGCCCAUCUGGCCGCAUCCAGCAUAAAAUGGCAUUUCAACCCUCCUUCGGCUCCUCAUUUUGGGGGAUUAUGGGAAGCCCGAGUGAAAUCCACAAAGUCACUUAUUUUUCGCUUUAUUGGACUCCAUAAGUUAACGGCUGAAGAGUUUAUGACACUUUUAACCCAAGUUGAAGCUACGCUAAACUCGCGGCCACUAUGUGCCUUAAGCAAUGACGUAUCAAAUUUCGACGCUCUCACACCAACUUCACACCACUUCUUAACUCUGGAACCAUCUACGUCUCUUCCAGACCCCAACUUAGACAAUGUACCGCUAUCAAAACUGACUCGUUGGCGUCUUAUAUCAGAUAUUCAUCGUCACUUCUGGUCUCGCUGGAAGAAUGAAUAUCUCACUAUACUUCAGGUUCGUUCAAAAUGGUGCUCAAAUAGGAAACAGUUAAAUGUUAGCGAUCUCGUUCUUAUUCGAGAAGCCACACAUCCACUACAAUGGUCAGUGGGAAGAACUCGUCAACUUCAUCCAGGUUCAGACAGAAUAACCCGGGUUGCAAUAGUGGAUAUUGCCACCGGAUCUUUUGUUCACCCAGCUGUUAAACUGUUCCCCUAA